AUGGCCGCGCGGCGGUAUACCGAGCACGAGGAGGCGCUCGAGAUCAAGUCCCUUCGGCGCAUCAUCGCCGCCUACAUCAAGUACGCGAAUCCCCGAUCCCCAUCCUCUCCUUCCUCCGCGAACCCUCCCGUUCCAUCCUCAUCGCUUCGGGCUCUCCAACCCCCGCCGCCAUCGCCGCCGGUCCUCGGAGCGAGAUUGAAAGGUCGUGUAGAAGGGGAGCGCGGCAGUUCCAGGGCGCUGCUUCGAGCUGUGGCCCGAUUGGGUGGACUGGAGCUCGCGGUGGAGCUCAGUCCGAGUUCAUGGUCCUAUCAAGAUGCAGCAGAGAAAGAUGUCAAGAGAUAUGAACGUUCAUUCAAAAAGCUUUCUCCUGCCCACAAGGAACUUCUGUUUCACCUUGGUCUUAAGUACCAACGAUUGAGAUGGUGUAUAUCCAUGAAUACAUCUUUUAUCAUGAAUAUGCUUGAGCAUUGUUGCCCAGAGGAAGGUGCAAAUACUAGAGAAACUGAGAACAAGAAGGAUGAGGAAGUCCACAUGGUGGGUUCCUCCCAGCCUGCUGCCUGCAAUUUGGGGAUAUCCCAAGGUGAAGAUAAAUCAUGUAAUGAUGGUAAAGAUGCGAGUGCAGCUGCUAACUGUCAAGAUACAGAUUGCUUUGCAUCUUCUACUGAUGAAAAUAUUUAUCCCCAAGUUAUUUCAGGAGGCUGUAUUGCAAAAAUAUGCCUGGCAAAGAGUAAACCAGCCAGCAGCACCUUCUGGACAUUAGGUGAACUCCCAUUGAGGGCACAAUCAUUUCGACGCUUCCAAAUCAUCCAAGCACAAAGGGUGAUCAAGGAGUUCAACCCAGCCUGCAUAGAAACUGGCACCAUAGAGAUGGUUCAGUACCACAAGCAAAAGAAAUGUACAGAAGGUGAUUUGGAGUGCCAGAUAACUCCAGGGCACCGCAGGGCUCCAUCUUUGCCACUGGAUGUUCCUCCAGUUGAUGUUGACAAAGUAAGAUGUAUCAUAAGAAAUAUUGUGAGAGAUUGGGCCCAGGAGGGUCAAAUUGAACGUGAUGAGUGCUAUAAACCAAUUCUUGAGGAACUUAAUCGUCUUUUUCCUGACCGAAGCAGGCCACCUUCAUGUUUAGUCCCUGGUGCUGGGCUUGGGAGAUUGGCUCUGGAGAUCUCUUCUCUGGGUACUGUAUGCACCCAAGAGGCCAAUGAAUGGACCAUUUAUCCUUGGAUACACAACAAUUGCAAUUCUCUUUCAGACAAAGAUCAACUUCGGGCUGUUUCAUUUCCUGAUAUUCAUCCCUCAAGUGCUGGGAUAACCGAAGGAUUUUCGAUGUGUGCUGGAGAUUUUGUAGAGGUCUACAAUGAGGAAAGCCAAGAAUCUGCAUGGGAUGCUGUUGUAACUUGCUUCUUCCUCGAUACGGCACACAAUAUUGUUGAAUAUAUUGAGAUAAUAUCAAAAAUUCUCAAAGAUGGUGGAGUCUGGGUAAACAUGGGUCCGCUUCUUUAUCACUUUGCUGAUGCCUAUGGACCAGAUGAUGAUAUGUCUAUCGAACUAAGUUUGGAAGACGUGAAAAGGGUAGCUUACCAUUAUGGAUUUGUGAUGGAGGUGAGGGUUUAUGCACUAUAA